CACGUCCUGAAACGGUUUCGCGGCGAUGCUCCAGCCGAAGCGACCCAAGAAGAAAUGCAUCAAGCUGGAGCUGCCAUCCAUCACGCUGUACGAGCCCGUGUUGUCGGUGAAGCAGACGCGGCACCACGUGCCCCUCGACGAAGUUCCAAACUUGGCACCGUCCGACAUCGUUCGGUCGCCGUCGAAACCACGAAGUCCCCUGCGCCCCGUGGACAAAGUUGCCAUGGCCCUUGGAUCGAAAGCAGCCCACUUGGCGCACCGCGUGAUCAUCCGCCCCAUCUUUGAAGAGCGCAAAGAGUUGCAAGCAGAAGUUGCGCGUCAGAUCUUGGAGCAGCGGAUGCUAGACGAAGAUGAAAUCGACGACUCGAUGCCUACGCAAGACCAGGUGUUGCAUCAAAGCCACGACAUCUUCCAUGCCCGGGUGUUGCUUCCACUGGAAGAGGACGAGGUGCAGGCGAGUCCUGCCGCGGUGGUGGCGCCUUUGGCAGUCUCUCCAACCCCACCGAACCAAACCCGCCUCAACUCCCCCCCAGUCGACACUACCUUUACGUCCGCCUCGCCCUCCUCCACAUCCCUUCGAGGCACAACUUCCCUGACCUCGUUCGCGUCUCCACCAGCCACCAAGCUCAAAGGGCAAAAAUCUGCUGCGUCCUUUGCCGACCCGGCAGAAGAGCGCAUCUUGAAUCGCCGCCGCAGCGACCGGGAACUGCCCCGCAGCGUCGAGAAUACUCAAGACCACAGCCACAUGAUCUUCAUGGUGCCGGAGAAGGUUCUGACCAUGACCAAGCGGGCGUCGCUUCCGUCGUCAACGUCGAUCGCGUCGUUUCGAAGGCCCCUUCAGAAGCUCCUUCUCGCGUUGCCGCGCAUGAUCCAGAACGAUGCGGGUGUCGAUGUCGACUGCACCAUUUCGAUCCACCUCCUGUCAUCGGGCGACGUCACAAUCGCAGUGUCCGAGAAAAUCUCGACGAUUCUGUUGGCUGCACAUGCCACAGGCACCAUACCAUUUGAGCCCAAAGGGCUGACGCUUUCAGCGCCCGACGCGGCCGUUUACUUCGCCGACGAAGAACUCGAAGUGUACUCGCCCAUGUGGACCACGACGUUGGCGUCGCAUGUCGGUGUCGAGCACAAUCAAGUCGUGCUGCUGCCCCCGCCUUCUCGUCAUGUCGUCCUGUCGAUGCAACAAGAUGUCGCGCCCGACGUAUCGCCUCAUGCUGUUCGUGUCCAAGCGGUGGCUGUGCAGAACGGUCUCAGUCUUCGAGUGAGUCCCGACCCGGCCUCGUCUGAAUUGAACCUCCCCGCGAUGCCCCUCCACAUCCACGUAAACGAACACGAACUGGCGCGGGUUAUCCUUCGCAUGGACAACAUGCACGUGGCGUCCGACCACGUAGCUCAGCUAACGCUUCAAAAGGCGUGGUGUGCAAUGUUUCUACAUGACAUGCAUGCCCUCGUCGAGCUUGCGCUCCAGCGACACCAGAGCAGCCCACCGCCAUUCGUUCCCGAGGCCGCAGUCGACGCUCCGUCCAUUUCCUCCGAGGAAUUGUCAACAGAAGCAGUGGUGCCUCCACCGUCUGCCAUGUCGGCCGCAGACUCUGGGUUUGCCUCGGACGAGCUCAAUGACGUGUGUCGAAUCGCGAAGUCGAUGGCAGAAAUCGUGAUGGCGAAUACAGUCUUGUGGAUCCAGAAGCAAGAAGCCGCGCUUUUGUACUCCCGCACAUAUGUCAAGUCGUUUAGUCGGCGACCAGGAGCCACCAAUGUCGUGCUGGCGUCGUACCAGGCCAAGGAACACGAGCGCCGAGCGAUCCUCCUCAUCCUGGACGACAUGCUGGUCCAGUUUCUCCAUUACGAGUGCCGCGUCGAACUCCAUGUCGCGAAAGCGAGCGGUGGUUACAACGACAUCAUCGCGACCCGCAUACAAUCGGCAUUUCGAAUGUGCAUCGAGCGGCGCAAGUAUACUUUGCACCAACGCGUGCGCAAUUCAGCUGCCAAGUUGAUUCAAACGCUGCAGCGCGGCAUCUCGGCUCGGAAGCGAUACAUCGAGCGAAAGCUCGAGCGCGAGCGGUAUCUGUACUUUGGCUUCCGCUCCACGUUGGUCGCCCAGUCCAAGUGGGAUAACCCGACCACCCGCCUGGCGCAACGCACUGCGGCGAUCGAGGCCCGGCGAGUCACAUUUCUCAUGGGGGUCGUCACUGGAGCGUUCCUGUUCCACAAACCCGUCACGACAGCCGUCACGAUGCUUCCUGUCGACGACGUGGUGUCCCUCCUCAACCAGCACGGCAUGGUCGUGGGAUGCCCAUCAAACCUCGGCUCCCUCGUGGCUGAUGCGUUUCAGCAUGCCUAUGGCUGCCAUCACUCGUCGACGGAGGUCGUGUCGGUGGCCUCUGUGCAGACGGCGCUUGUGGCAGUGCUGCGUGGCUUGAAAAGCGACACAUUUGGUCAGCCGCUGCGCUCGCAUCGCGCAAACCCACUGGCUUCGCCUCCGUCAGCAGUGCACGUAGCGCAAGGGGUAUCUCGUUGGUUGCUCAAGUCGACGCCGCCGCUGCACACCGCCAAUUUGGCCAACGUACUUACUCGACGGGAAGCUGCCAUUACCAGUGGCCGACAGUCGGCGCACUUGAUUGCGUAUCACUUUCGAGUGGCCGUGCUCCGCCCGAUGGCGUUUGAAAAGUGCCGUGACGAGUGGAACAAGGACAUGGAGGCUCGGUACGAAGAAGGGUGCCGGCUGGCGCAGUUCUCGGUCGAUGAGCUUGUGUGUUGGGGCAUGGAAAAGCUCCAAGAGGCCGUGAAAGUGUGGGGAUGGGACCCGGACCCGAUGUUUGAAGUGUUCAACGUGUGCCUGACGCAUCGUCUCGGCAAAGCGGCGCUACGCCAAGUAGAAGCCAAAUUCAAUGAGUUUGCGACCGCCAUGAACAACCAUGCGAAGAAGGUCGAAAUCCACUCGUUGCGCGACGAGAUCAACGAGGAACUGCAGGGGUUUGAGAAGCUCCUAGCGUGGCGCUGUCUCAAUGCUGCAAACGACGACCACGUGACGCCGGCCAGCGACCUCCUCCAUGUCCUCCUUCGUGAACAUAGCACGACAGACCACCUUCGCAUGGCGCUCCCAACUGUGCUGCCCGUCGCCACAUACUUGGAAAAGGCUGAAAUCGCCACUCGACUCUUGACUUACUACGCCAACGACCAGUAUGGCCACGCGGUGGUGCUGCUUUUGUGGAGUUGCUUGGACGCCGCGGAGAAUGCGACACUAGAGGCUGGUCAGUUGCUCGAAAAGCUGGCGAAAUCCCCCGGGGUGGGUCAGUUGUCGGGAUUGGCGCGGGCGCUCGAGUUGCUCACGGGAAGCCACCUCUUCCGCCUCCUCGAAUUCUGUGUCAAGGUGUGCCCAUUAAACGAACGAGUGCGAGACGCAAUCCGUACGCACAUGGCACCGUAUGUGAGUGAAGAAGACGCGACGUCUGUCCGACGAAUAAAGAUGGAAGCCCAUCGGAUAUGCCUCGCCAUGUGCAACCUUCCCGACAGCCCCGAGCGACGCCGUUUGGUUGCGUCGCGAUUUGGCCGCACCGAGAUGCAGUCUGCGACGGAAUUCUGGACCGCGUACGAGCGCCUGUUUGGCGAAAUGGACCAGGGGUACGCCCAAGUGUCGAUGGAAUCUGUACCAUUGGCGACGUUAUGACACAAUUGAAUUCAAACGUUGCUCUAGUUAGUUGCUCAGACACAUCGUAUGCACACGCAUUCUAGCAACAGCACGUUGUCGCUGUAUCGCCUUGACCGGUGGAGCAUCAUCAGCAGGGAAACUUUAGUUUUGCUUGGGCUUGAAUGACUCUGGGAUGAUCGGGCCGUCGUACUGGUCAGUGGGGUAUCCGAGGUUGCGGCGAAUAGGCACAAUGACCAGAGGCGACAGGACGCCCACGGCGCCCAGCACUGUGGACAGCACCACCACAGGCUCUCUGUCGAAGUAGUAGCGGACAAACUUGGCGGCUCCAGCAAACACCAUGGUCUCGGCGGUCGGACUUGGUCGUAAGAGUGGCGGAGGCAGCCAGAGGGGAC